UACUUUCUUCCUUUUAAACUAAUGAUUCUUAGAAAGAUUUAUAUUGUCCAACAGAUAUCCAUGAUGUGGAGUUUGGGGUUUUUCUGCUUCCUUUUGGGUGCAUCAUAUGCGGCUGAGGUGUGCUACGAUGGCCUGGGCUGCUUUAACGACUUUCCUCCUUGGGGUGGCACCGCAGAAAGACCUGCCUCCACUGUGCCCUGGCACCCUGAUGAGAUCGGCACCCGCUUCCUCCUCUUCACUACCAAGAACCGUUACUACCAGGAUAUCAAGCCUGAUGAGAGCAUCGAGGUAUCCAACUACAGCGGGAGGAGGAAGACUCGGUUCGUCAUUCCUGGUUAUCUGGUGAAAGGAGAUGAGGACUGGCCACAGAUCAUGUGCAAGGCGGUGGUGCAGAAGGAAAACGUCAACUGCAUCGCCAUUGAGUGGAAGAGAGGAGUGAAGACUGGCUUCACCCAGGCAGUCCAUAAUGCCAGGGUGGUGGCUGCUCAGGUGGAGUCCAUGAUCACAUUCCUCAUGGGCAAGUACAACCAGAAAGCUGAAAGUUUCCAUAUAAUUGGACACUGCUUGGGAGCUCACGCUGCAGGAGAGGUUGGAAGCAGAAUCCCUGGUCUGGCACGCAUCUCAGGACUGGAUCCAACUGAACCGUACUUCCAAGGCACCAACGCUUCUGUUCGCCUGGACACCAGCGACGCCACCUUCGUGGAUGUCAUUCACACGGAUGGACUUUCAUUCCGCUCCAAACGUGGUCUGGGGAUGACAGAGUCUGUUGGUCACAUCGACUUCUACCCUAACGGAGGAGAAUUGAUGCCUGGCUGCUCUUCCAACAAAUACAUCUCAGCUCAGCUUGACUCAAUCUGGGAAGGUACGUCGAGGUUUGACCCGUGCAACCAUCAGCGAGCGUAUGAGUACUACACGGAGAGCAUCGCUAAACCCCAGGGCUUUGCAGGGUUCCCCUGCUCGGACCAGGACAGCUUCGCUGCUGGGAAAUGCUUCCCAUGUGCAGACAGCGAGUGUCCCCUGAUGGGCCACCGCGCUGACCAGUUCACACUGACUGACGGCAUUUCAAAGACCAAAUACUUCCUCACCACCGGCCGUAAAAGUCCCUUCGACCGCUACAGCUACAGAGUGACGGUAACACUGGAUGGUCCCUGGCUGCCUAAUGCUGCCUUCCUGUAUGUGGCGCUUGCUGGCAGAAAGUCCACCACCGAGGAGGUCCGGCUGCACAUGGGUUUACUGCGGCCUGGACAGAAGUACAGCGUGUUGAUGGACGCCGACAUCGACGUAGGGGUGGUGACGGAGGUGAAGUUUCGAUGGAAUAACUACCACGUUGACCUUUUGAAACCCAAAUAUGGUGCGUCUACGGUGGAGCUGCAGAGAGGACGUGAUCAGGAGACCUCCGUCUUCUGUGGAACAGGAACCGUGCAAGAGAACGUGGUCCAGUCUGUGCUUCCAUGCCCGGUUUGAGAAACCACCACACCUGGAACUCCGAGCACAUUUCAAUAAAGCGUUGUGAACUCUAA